CUGUCAAAAUAGGCCGCUUCAUCAUCAAUUUAUUAUCAAAGAAAGAUUUUCGAUAAAAUUAUAUUGGCAUGGUGCUGUAGGAAUAAAUAUUUAUCGCUUACACUACUAAAGAUGUCUAGUAAAUAUCAAAAUACAAGUAUUUCGGCUCAAAACCAGCUGGUACAAUGGAUAAACGAUGCUGGAAUGGCAGAAGGCAAGAAAAAAGCCGACCUAUUCAGAAAGAUUACAGAGGUUUUGCUCCACCAUGCUCCACAAAUGAUACCUGUGUACAUGGAAAACAUUCUAAGCUAUGUUAAUGAUAAAUCAACUGAAGUUAAGAAGCAAGUUGUUACAUUUAUAGAGGAACUCAGCAAACUACACCCAGAACAAUUGCCAAAGAUAAUAAGCCAGUUGCAAAUGCUUCUGGUAGAUUCAGUUAUAGCGAUCCAGAAGAGAGCUAUCCAGGCCGCUAGUAUAGUGUACCGUAAUGCAUUGGCGUGGAUUUGUAAAAGUACAAGCAACAAAGAUGUAGAUGAUUUGAAAUAUGUUUGGGAACAUCUUUCCCAGUUGACUCGUAUAGUUCUGAACAUGAUAGACAGUGACAAUGAGGGCAUUCGGACCCACACCAUAAAAUUUUUGGAGGAGGUGGUGCUGUUGCAGAGUUCAAGUGAUUCAAAAGAUAACGAGUUGAGUCUGGAUAAUUUGCCAACACAUCUGUCAUUUGUUAAUAGACGGGUCCUUGAAGAAGAAUCUGAGCACAUUUUCAAACUGCUGGUGAAAUUCCAUAAUUCUCAACACAUUUCUAGCGUGAACUUAAUGGCUUGUAUGACGUCACUAUGUCUCAUUGCCAAACUAAGAUCCAAAUAUAUGCCCCGAGUCAUACAAGCAUUAGGAGACCUGCACACGACUUUACCACCAACACUGUCCCAAUCGCAAGUGAACUCAGUGAGGAAACAUCUUAAAAUGUUACUAAUUACUCUUAUAAAACAUCCUUCCUCCAUAGAAGUGAUGCCGCAACUUACACAACUUCUACUAGAUAUAGGUAUGACGACUCAAGAAAUAAACAAAGUGUUACCUAAAGAAAGAAGGAAUAAACGUUUGGGUGAAAUAAAAAGUGGCGAUCAGCCAGUCAAAAGGUUUAGAGUAGAUUCUCCUCAGAGUAAUAGUCAGGGUAGUGACAGUAAUAGCAAUAGCAGAAGCGAUUUUAAUCUCUUCGAAGAUGAUAGCAGUCAAGGCACCAUCUCGAAACCUACUGUGACCGAAGAUUCCAUUUUCGAUGGCCUCAAUAAUGUCCACAAUGUGGUUAAUCUAGUAACAAGUACGCUAUUAAACUGUUUGCCUAAUGAAAUACCUAGUCAUUUUGUGAGUGCUUAUAAACCAAUACCUAAUUCUGGUAGCACUGUUCAAAAGAGAAGUCUGGCGAAAUUGAUACUAGCGCUGACUAAAGACGAACCUGUCCCGUCCUUACCUCCCCCCGAACCCACUCAAUCUUCAGGACCUACGUUAUCAGAUUUGGCCGCUAAAAUACCACUGCUCAAAGAUGAUGAAGAGAAAGUGACUUUGAAAAAUGCUGUCGCCAAAUUACAAGAGUCUGCGAAAGCGGACCGCGAUAUAGAAAGUGCGGUUUCAAGGCUCAUGGAAGAGACGAGACAGGAACAUUUGAAAGAAGAAGAAAGAAGGGUAGUGGAGAAAGAGAAGCAUAUUCCGCCUCCGACCCCUACGGUCCCUAAAUUAAAGCAGAAAGUGAAAUUACUCAAAUUGCAAGAGCUCACGCGGCCUAUACCUAAAGAAAUAAAAGAGAAGUUAAUGUUACAAGCUGUCACAAGGAUUCUUAAUGCUGAGAAAGAAAGCGCCAUUGGUGGCGCGGCACAGAUCCGCUCGAAAUUCAUCACUAUUUUCGCGUCAAGUUACACGCCGGAGAUCAGGAAUUUAGUGCAGGAUUAUAUUUUAGAGGAUCCAGUCAACAGGAUCGAUCUCGCUUUGUCGUGGUUGUACGAGGAAUAUGCGUUCAUGCAAGGGUUUAACAGGCAUCCUGUGACGUUGCAUCCUAAAUUACAUGAAAAACAUGAUCAGAACUACAACCAAUUGCUUUGCGUUCUCAUUACUCAAAUAUCGGAGCGUUUGGACCCUCAGUUUGAGAAUGCGAAGGAUAUGUUGCUAAGAAAGAUUUAUUCAGAGGCGCCGUUUAUUUCGGAUGAAGCAGUGGAUUACUUGAAACAUCUGGUUACCGAAGAAAAGGUUGCGUUGUUAGCGUUAGAAAUAUUGGAAGAGCUGUGCAUUAUGAGGCCGCCAAGGGCUCAUAAGUAUGUGCCGUCGCUUAUAUGCCACGUCCUGUCAGAAAACGACGAGAUCCGCGAGACGGCUCUCAGCUCUGUAGUUAAAAUCUACCAGCGCGGUACGGACGCGGUAAAGAAAGUGAUAGACAAACACGCCAUGUUGUACCUCGGUUUCAUCGCGCUGUCGUACCCGCCGCCCGAGAUCGUGACGUCACGGCACGGCGUGAGGCUGCCGUGGACAGAUGAGCUCUAUAAGCUGUGCUUGAAUUUGAUAAUGGCCCUGUUUCCUUAUAAUGAAGAACUAAUUUUAGAAGUGGCUCGAGUCUACGGUUGCUCCGGCCCGGAGGCAAAACGCCUUGUUCUCCGAUCCGUUGAGGGUCCUAUUCGUACAGCUUUAGCUUCAGACCCAGCGAGCAACGGUAGCCUACGGCCUUCCUUCAGGCUACUGCUGGAUGAGUGUCCUCGUGGAGCUGAGACCUUGUUGACACGGCUGAUUCAUAUCGCUACUGAGAAGUCGCCACCCAGCGCGGAGUUGGUGUCCAAAGUACGCGAGCUGUACGCCACUCGCGUGGCGGACGUGCGGUUCCUCAUACCCGUUCUCAACGGACUCUCCAAGAAAGAAAUUCUUGCAGCCUUACCGAAGCUGAUAAAGUUGAACCCGGUUGUAGUAAAAGAGGUGUUCAACAAACUGCUUGGUCUGCCAAACCCACUCGAUGAGAACCCGCCAAUCAACCCAGCAGAGUUAUUGAUAGAGUUGCACUUGAUAGACCCGGGCAUGGCAGAUCUCAAGUAUAUCAUCAAAGCAACUGCUUUGUGUUUUGCUGAAAAAAACACUUACACCCAAGACGUCCUUAGCGCAGUUUUGCAGCGGCUGGCCGAAGAGAACGAGAUCCCUGUACUGAUGAUGCGCACUGUGCUUCAAGCGCUGACUCUCUACCCGGCGCUGGGGCCGCUGGUAUUGAAUAUACUGAGGCUACUCGUCGAAAAGGAGGUGUGGACCAACAAAGUGGCCUGGGAGGGUUGGACAAAAUGCACCGAGCGCCUGUUCCCGUCGUCGCUGUGCGUGCUGGCGGCGCUGCCGGCGCGCGCGCUGCCCGCCGCGCCGCCCGCGCUGCUGGCCGCGCUGCGCCGCCACGCGACAGCCGCGCCGCCCCGCGAGCGCGCGCUGCUGCCGCCGCACAUCGCCGCCUUGGCUCACCAGGAUCCUCAAUACAUUGCACCACCUAACCCUAACGAGCCUCUUCCUCCAGGCAUGGAAUAAUUACAAUGAUUAUUGUAAAAUAAUACCCCACACUUAAAAUCCAUCUUCUCGUUGGCGAGUCAUCAAAUUCAAGGAUAGCACUUUAGCGAUCGUUGAAUAAUGCAGCAAUAACAUCAUGCUGAUUGGAUGAAUUUAUCUUGAGAAUUUUAUAGCACCAAUCCAUGAUGGUACAAAUUUAACACAUUUUUGAUUGGAUUAGGCCGCUUAUUCAACAGUGUGGAGAUUUAAUUCAAUUAUGAAUUGAAAGCAGUGUUUUGUUUAAACUUUAUGUUAAGUUUAUUAUUACAACAUUUAGGAGGAUUUUGUAUAUAGACAAAACUGUAAAAGUAAUUUCACACAAGAAUUUUGUCGUUUUACAUUUUGGCUGUUGUACCAACUAUUACGUAUUAAAAUUGUAGUGCAUUAAUUGCAUUAAAUGAUUGCAUUAUGUACACGCAAAUGUCUUAUACCAAAAUAUAAGAAAUGUCUAGUGUGAAAUCAGUUUUAUAGGUGUUUCGUUACAAUAUACACUGAAAAAAUAAUCGAUUAAAAGGCGGCACUGGUGCCGACUUAUGAAUAAUAUUAAGCGAUUUUAUGUAAUUAAUAGGAAAUGUUAAUAAAAUAAAAUUUACGAAGUA